UGCUAUAAAAUCACUGCCAAGAAGCCACUGCAAUAAUUAUAUUAAAGAAUUCAAGUUCCUCUGAUCAUCUGGAAGCAUUAUGAGCAGAGGCAACAACAACACACCGUUUUGGCCGACUUGGCGCUCUGGUCAUGACUAUGGUGGCUAUGCUCCUAACCCCAGCAAUGAUUCAAACCGCAUUGAACCUGUUUUUCGUCAUUCCAUUUCCUUUCAAGCCAAUACAGACGCUAGUAGAGGUUCAAGGGAUCCAUGGCAGAUCCCAGAGGAGAGAGCGAUAACACAACCUUUCAGCUUUUCAGGUUCCCCCGAUUAUCAACGUGCUCCUACUCCGGUACAAAUUGUAUUAGUCGACAAUGUUCCCACAAGGGCGGUCAAUCCCAGGUUUUCAGGGCCCCUUCCAAGGUUCACAAUCCAGCCACAUGUCCAGCUGCCAACUACCCCUACGCGACAAGACGAUUUCAGCUCGAAUCAAGACGAGCAGAAGAAUGUUUUAAGUAAGCUGAAGAAGGAAAUCUACAAUCCUAUCCCCAAGCAAAUGACAAGGAGAUUGAGUUUGUAUUAUAGAGACCAAAAUCGAAGCAACUAUAAUGAGAGGGAAAAGGAAAAAGAUGAAGAUGGCAAGAGGUGUGCAAUUUGUUUGGAAGAUUUUGAACCUAGAGAGCAGGUAAUGCUCACUCCAUGUGACCAUAUGUUCCAUGAGGAAUGUAUCCUCCCAUGGGUGAAGAGUCAUGGCCAAUGUCCAGUAUGCAGAUUUGUUCUUAGCGAGCGCAUUAGACAGACUGCAUCUUCUACAAGCAAUAACAACUUCUCAAAUGUACCUGCAACUGACCUGUUUGCAGGAGAGUUGAUCUCAAUUAUACGAGCUAUGGAGGAGGCUUUCUUAUGGGGCAAUUCCCGCUGAUUUAUGCGUUUUUCCUGUGAUUGACAUUAUCUAUGGAAUUAUUGUUGCAUUAGCUUUUCAACUUCAUUUCUUUCUCUACAUAUGAUUCAACAAAGGCUUUUGGGUUACUUUCAUUCUUGUAGAGUUGUAGUUCCUUUAAGCACAUCAUAACUGAAUACAACCAAAGCAUGAACAAGAGGAAUGCUGUGUUUAUAAAGCAUGUACAUAUAUUUUUCUUGAAUUAA